AUGAGAGGGGCACUUCAUCCUGACUACUGGCUCCCGUGGAACAUGACAUGGUCGGAGAUGCAAGUGGCUAGCGGCUAUGAACUGACUGAAAUCUUUCGAGCCCCUUACGGAGCCAUUCCCUUCCUCAUCUUGCGACUUUCCUGGGAGUCUUGUGUUGGUAUCCCCGCUGGUCACCUAUUUGGAUACGCCAGCGGUCCAGUGAUACCCAAUGUUCUACAGCAUAUUUCUGGUGGCUUUGCAAGCUUCUAUACAUUCUCUUGGAUUUACGGUCUUAUUAUACUUUGGGAAAAGCCUUGGCUUUGGAAUGUAAAAGAAAGCUGGAUUGGUUACCCGUUUCACACCGUUGAUCGAUCUGUUUGGUGGUACUACAUGAUUGAAACGUCUUUCUACUAUUCACUUCUUCUCAGCGCUUUCUUUGAUGUUAAACGUUCGGACUUUUGGGAGCUCAUCAUUCACCAUUUUGUCACCAUCGGACUCUUAUCCGUUUCGUGGACCAUCAAUUUCAUUCGGAUUGGCACUCUCGUUCUGAUCUCGCACGAUGUCGCUGAUAUAUUACUUGAAGCUGGGAAACUGUUUCGCUAUUCAAAUUGUCACAAGACGCUCACCGAUGUUUUCUUCACGCUUUUUAUGCUGAGUUGGAUUCUCACACGGCUCAUCUAUUACCCAUUUGUCGUGAUUCGAUCCGCUAUUUUCGAGGCUGCCAACUGUAUUCAUCCCGAUUACAAAGUCUACGAUACUUAUCAAACUCCGUACGUGCCUCGAAUUCUCAUUAUUUUAUUAGCAGUGCUUCUCAUUCUUCAUAUCUUCUGGACGAUAACGAUUGCCAAGAUUGUCAUUCGAACAAUUACGGGAGGUGAAGUGAAAGAUAUUCGAUCAGAUGAUGAAGGUGGAGAAGAGGAGCAGAAAAUCCACAAAAUGAAAGCAAAAUCGAGAACCCGAAAAGUCGAC